AUGGCUGCCACAUUAGAAAAUUUGGGUGGCAGUGAUGCCCCUGAAAAAGGCACAGUCCAGUCUGCUGCCCAUUCAACAAGCGACACCUCCAGUGGAGAAAUCCAAGAGCCCAUGACUAAACGUGGUCUCAAGUCGCGGCAUGCACAGCUCAUUGCUCUGGGCGGUACUAUUGGUACCGCCUUGUUUGUGGGCAGUGGUGUGACUCUUGCAAAGGGUGGCCCAGCAUUCAUGCUCAUCUCUUAUAUUCUCAUGUCAGGGCUGGUGUAUAUGAUCGUUGGAUCUAUCAUAAUGACAGCUUCGUAUUUACCGGUAAAAGGUGCUACGCCGGCGUAUUUUGCCACGCGUUACGUCUCUCCAUCCUUGGGCUGGGCAUUGGGUUGGUAUUAUUGGUACGCAUUUGGAAUAUUCGUUCCUUACGAAAUCACCGCAUCUACUUUGAUCAUCGACUUCUGGAACCCGCCCGUCAACCCAGCAGUCUGGAUUACUAUCAUGCUUGUUGUGAUAGUGGUGCUGAACCUUCUGCCUGUCUCGGUGUACGGAGAAACAGAAUUCUACUUUGCCUCCCUGAAGGUCAUCACAAUCAUUGGACUUCUCAUCCUUUCGUUCGUCAUCUUCUGGUGGGGAGGACCUGGAAACCCAAGGCUUGGUUUCUACUACUGGAAAGACCCGGGUGCUGUUAACCCUUAUAUCCUCGAGGGCUCGGCAGGCUAUGCGGUCAGCUUCUGGAGCACACUUAUCUCGGCACUUCUCCCUGAUGAACCGCAGUUCUCGUUUGCCCCAGAAAUGUUGGUUUUCUGUUGCGGUGAAAUGAAGUCGCCUCGUCGCAACCUUCCCAGGGCGGCAAAGAGUUUCAUUGUCCGCAUUCUUGUAUUCUAUAUUGGCUCUGUCAUCGCAAUUGGUGUCAUUUGUCCUUCUAAUGAGAAGGAGCUCACCAACGGCACCUCAGGUGCUGGCUCUUCACCUUUUGUCCUCGGAAUUAAGAGGGCUGGCAUCAAAGGUCUUGACAGUGUGAUAAAUGCUGCAAUUCUCACCUCUGCCUGGUCUGCUGGUAACGCUUUCAUCUUCCAGUCUAGCAGAUCUCUUUACUCGAUGGCGCUUAACGGGCAGGCUCCAAAGAUUUUCACAAAGUGCACAAAAAAGGGUGUUCCUUACGUUGCUGUCUUGGCCAGCUCCGCCUUCUCUCUGCUGGCGUACCUGAAUGUCAACGCAAAGGCGGGUGAGGUUUUUAGCUGGUUUGUCAACCUUGUGAACACUGCUGCAUUCAUUUCAUGGAUUUGCUGCGCUAUCACUUCAAUCCGAUUUCAGAGUGCAUUCGCCGCUCAGGGGCUCCCAAGAGAGGACCUCCCAUACACCUCUAGGCUUCAGCCGUGGAGCUCCUACGCAUGUAUCGGGAUUUUUACGGUACUCUGCCUGAUAAACGGAUUCGAGGUCUUCUUGCCGUCUUCGUGGUCGGUGUCUUCCUUUUUCAGCGCUUACAUCGGCAUCCCCAUAUUCUUCAUACUGUAUUUUGGUCACCGGCUCACUACUGGGAGAUCAGAUGCUUGGUGCUAUCCCUUGCAUGAAAUUGAUCUUCAAACCGGGCUGGAAGAUCUCAAGGCAGAAGAGGAAUCCACACCUCAGAAGCCUUCUCUUCUCACCCGCCUGCGACAAAGGUUCUCUCGAUAG